CCACCGCCUUCUGCGAGCGCUUGCUCCCCCUGGACCUGCUUCCUGGCUCGCUCCGCCCUCCUGAAGACUGUUCUAUUUGUCUAACUGCUGAAGUUUUGACCUACAAGAUGAAGCAAGAUGCUAUGAGAAAUGCUACGUACACAGUGGAUUGUGAAGAUUACGUGCAUGUGGUAGAAUUUAAUCCCUUUGAGAGUGGGGAUUCAGGAAACCUUAUUGCCUAUGGUGGCAAUAAUUAUGUGGUAGUUGGCACAUGUACAUUUCAGGAGGAAGAAGCAGACAUUGAAGGACUUCGAUAUAAAACACUGCGGACAUUCCAGCAUGGGGUCAGAGUUGAUGGCAUAGCUUGGAGCCCAGAGACUAGACUUGAUGCAUUGCCUCCAGUAGUCAAAUUUUGUACUUCAGCUGCUGAUUUGAAAAUUAGAUUAUUUACUUCGGAUCUUCAAGAAAAAAAUGAAUACAAAAUUUUAGAAGGCCAUUCUGAUUUCAUUAAUGGUUUGGUGUUUGAUCCCAAAGGAGGCCAAGAAAUUGCAAGUGUGAGUGAUGAUCAUACCUGCAGGAUUUGGAACUUGGAAGGUAUACAGACUGCUCAUUUUGUUCUUCAUUCACCUGGAAUGAGUGUAUGCUGGCAUCCUGAGGAAUCUUUUAAGCUGAUGGUGGCAGAGAAGAAUGGAACAAUCCGGUUUUAUGAUCUUUUGGCCCAACAAGCUAUUUUAUCUCUUGAAUCAGAACAGAUUCCGUUAAUGUCAGCACACUGGUGCCUGAAAAACACCUUCAAAGUCGGAGCUGUUGCAGGGAAUGAUUGGAUAAUUUGGGAUAUUACUCGGUCCAGUUACCCGCAAGACAAGAGACCCGUCCACGUGGACCGGGCCUGCCUAUUCAGAUGGUCUUCAAUUAAUGAAAACUUGUUUGCAACAACUGGUUAUCCUGGGAAAAUGACAAGCCAAUUUCAGAUUCAUCACUUGGGACACACUCAGCCCAUCCUCACCGGCUCUGUACCUGUUGGAUCUGGCCUUUCCUGGCACAGAACUCUGCCCCUGUGCGCCAUUGGAGGAGAUCACAAGUUGUUGUUUUGGGUGACUGAAAUGUAACGUAAAUUUUCUGUAUACCUUAGAUCCAUAAGCUUUGUAUUUUUAAUACAUAUUUUGGAGAAUUUCUUAUUUUUAUAUCAAACAUACUGUAAACUCCCUUGUUACUUUUGUUAAAUAAAUAUUGAUGCUUU